AUGAAUGGAAAUCGUAGCAUCGAGGAUGAGUUGGCUCUGUUUGAAAAAGAAAUAUCAUCUGUAGAUUCACAUACUCGAACUGCAAGUACCAUUGCAACAAAUGCACCCAUAUCUCAAGCUGAUGCUUCGCAAAUUUCCCCAAAUACAACAGUUUCUCCUAUCCUUAAUAAUAUUUCUGCACACCCAUCAGUACAGCCAUCCAUCGGUCCUGCUAUUCGAACUGAACCAAAGCCUUUUAUGGGUCCUUUUAUUAGCAGUUCUGUGAUAGGGAAUUCUGUAAAUCCUGUGGUGCGUCCAGCACCUCCUCCCUUUAUACCUCAUGUAAUGAUGCGCCAAGGUUUUAUUCCUCAGACAAAUUUAACAAUGCGAUUCAUACCACCUCAGCUUCGAUUACCAUUAGUUGGUUUUAUACGUCCAUCAGUGCAUAUACCGCCUCAACCAAGUGUUCUUGAAUCAGGGCCUAGUUUGUACGAGGAUGCGAUUAGGAAGGAUGAUGGCAAAAAUGGAGAGAAAGAUGGAGAAAUCGGAACGAGUUCGCUGAAAACUCAGGUGCUAGCAUCUGACAUAGAAGCCAUUGCACACAAAAUGCAUUCCGAAUCAGCUCAUCGCUCUACUUAUAUUGGUCAAGUUAUGCGUGGUGAGAAAAAGAUGAAACGGUUUUUGCGUUGCGGUGGUGGACAGGUUUGGGAAGAUAAAUCGUUGGCAGAGUGGGAUCCAAAUGAUUUUCGUAUCUUUUGUGGUGAUCUGGGAAAUGAAGUAUCGGACGAGUUACUGGCAAAGGCUUUCCGUAAAUAUCCUAGUUUCCAAAAAGCUAAAGUCAUUCGAGAAGCUAGAACAAAUAAAUCGAAGGGCUAUGGAUUUGUUUCCUUCAAGCAUCAAGAUGAUUUUGUACGUGCUUGUCGUGAAAUGGAUGGGAAGUAUGUUGGAAACAGGCCAAUAAAGCUGAGAAAAAGCAAUUGGAAAGAACGAAAUAUGGAUAUAGUUAAGAAAAAGAGAAAACAGAAACAAAAACUUGGUUUGGCGUAG